CAAUAUCUCUCAAAGGAUCUUUGAUUUAUAUUGACUUCUAAUAGAGUGUUUCUUUUGUGAAAUUAAAAAAAAAUAUAUUUUAUAAUAUCAAAAUACAGGAGUACGGUAGUUAGUUAAUUAGCUUCAAUAAUUUCAAUAGAUAAGAAAACAUAUAAUUUAACCAGCUAACUAUGGAAAACAAUAAUUUAACAAAUAUAUAUUCAUCUGCAGCUGACUGCUAACUACUUAAUUUUGAGAAUGGAUUUAUUUAAAUUGAGGAUGUGUUAUUUUCAUUGACAGCUAUUUAAUAACCUUUUUAGUAAUAUAUGAAUAUACUAAAAUACGAUAUUUUUCCUUGCUUACAGAUAUUUAUUUAAAAUAGUAAGGCUAUUAUUAAUGAUUAUAGUUUAACUGGAUAUUAUUCACAAUAGUAUUUAUCAAGCGUACUUUAAAACAAUUUAAUAUUAAAUUAGAUAAACUGUAAUACACUAAUUAAAAAUAUCACAAUUAAGAAUCUUUAAUUGUAGUAAUAUUAAUCUUUAAUAUCUUCAUAAUAUGGAUUUUUAAAUAUUACUCAAUCAAAAUUUAAAAAUAUCUUCAAAGAUUAUUAAAAGAACAAAGAUUAUAUUUAAUAAUAGAGCUAGUCUUAUAUUUCAACUCUGAACACAAUAUUUUAAAUUACUUAAACCUAAUUUAAAAAUAUAUUUUGUUCAUAAUGCAAGGGAGGUAUCUUUUUUUUUGAAAAAUCUAAUGGCUAGAUCAACAAUUGUACAUUCUCAAAUAAUACAAGUAUUACUGGAGGCUCAAUUUAUUUCUAAAACUUAAUAGAAUAAACAACAAUUAUUAGCUGCAUUUUUGAAUAAAAUGAAUCUUUAGAUGGAAAUGGAGGUGCUAUAUCUAUAUAUUAUAAUCAAUAACCAAGAUUCAUUUUAAAUAUACUACAUAGUAAUUUUAGUGGAUGCUCUUCUUAAAACUAAGGAGGAGCAAUAGCAAUAAUAUAAUAAGAAUAAUAAAAUUAUAACUUGGUUAAAUUAUAAAAUUUAUUUUUUACUGAUAAUAUUGCAAAGAUUGCUGGUGCUCUAUAUUAUUAAAAUAUAAUUCCAGUUUAAGAAAAUAUAUUUUAUCACAAUAAUAAUGCUUAGCUUUUUGGAACUAAUUUUUACUCAGGUUUUCCGACAUCUCUAAAAAUCAUAAAUAACAAACAAAUUAUUAGCUUAGAUCAUCAAAGCUCAUUUAUAACAAAUUUUAGAAGCGGUGAUACCUUACAAGAAAUAUAAAUAUAGUUUUAUGAUUAAAAUGAUCAACCUAUUAUUAUUUAAGAGCAGGAUUUUAAAAAUACAUGGAUAUAAAUUGAUAAUAAUUCAAAUGAAGUAGACUGUAAUUUACAAGGUGUAUAAGUUGCAUAAUAUUUAUAAGAUAAGUCUUAUAUAAAAAUACCUGAAAAUAUUUUAACAGGAAUACCUUAAUAAUAAAUAACCUUAAAUAUUUAUUCAGAUUAGAUAUAUAAGAUAUAUAACAAUUAAAUUGUGAAGUAAAAUCUAAUUCAUUAAAUUAAAAUAAACUUUAGAGAGUGUUUAUUAGGAGAAAUAAAACUUGAGUCAAUUUAAGAUUAAUAUCUCAACAGAACCUUAAUAUAGUGUAUUAGAUGUAAUACUGGAACAUAUUCUUUUGAUUUUUAAAAAUGUAGUGCAUGUCCAUAAGGAGCAAAAUGUUAUGGCGGUUCUAAUGUUAGUGUAAGCCAAGGAUAUUGGAGAAGUAAUAUUUUAUCUACAAAUAUUAUUUAAUGCAUAAAUUAAGAUGAUACUUCAUGUGUUGGAGGUUAUGGAGCUGGAGAUUAAUUAUGUAAAAAGGGAUAUAUUGGCAGUUUAUGCUUAGAGUGUGAUGAGAAAGGUAUUGUUUGGGGAAGUAAAUAUAUUAAAAGAGGUUUUCAAUGUUAUUAAUGCUAUAAAACAAUAUUUAAUGCAAUUCUUAUUUCAUUAAGUUUGUCUAUUAUAAAUUUAUCAAUUUAUCUUUCAAUUAGGAAUGAAACUUCCUAUACAACCUAAGAAGAAGAAUAGAGGAAGUCUGGAAUAUUGCAAUCCCUAUAAAUAAAAAAAAGUAUUUCUUUUAAUAGCAAGAUAUAAUAUUUUAAGAUCUAAAAAUCUAGCUAAUCAGCAAUUAUAAUCAAAUUUUUUACCCAUUAUCUAAAAAUAAUAACUUAAGUUUAGGACUUAAAUAUAAAAUUAACAAAAAACUUGUUUAAUUUACCAGGUGUAUUAGAAUUAAUGAAUCCUAUUUCUUCUUAGAUAAAUGCUUUAUAGUGUUUCUUAGACUUUAAAAUCUUCCAAAUACCUUUAAUUUACUCGAAGUUUUUACUUUAGUGCUUUUUACCUUUGAUUUAUUUUUUGUCAUUUCUUUUGCUAAUUAGGUUAGUUUACUUAUUAAAAGGCAAAAAGUUCAACUUUUAGAUAGUUAUUGCAGUAUUCUUCUUUAUUUUCUUUUACUUUUAAAUUGAUAUAUUUUAGGCUUUUAUUUUACUUGUAAGCUGUAUAUAGAUUGAAAAUAAAAGCUACAUUUUGCAAAACAUAACUUACGAAUGCUAUACUGACUAAAGCAAGUUUUAUUUGCUCGCAAUAGUGACUCCUAUUAUGAUUAUUUAUGUCUUUAUAAUACCUAUAUUAAUUUUUAUAUUACUUUACAAAAAUAAGUAAUAAUUAGAAUUUUCUGAGCUUUAAAGUAAAUUUGGAUAUCUUUUAAGGGAAUAUAGAGUUGAUAAGUAUUAUUGGGAAUUUGUGAGAAUGAUUGAGAGAAUGAUAAUUGUCAUUAUCCUUGGAAUAUAUUCUUAAGAUAGUUUAACAAAAUCAGUUUUAAUCUUUUUAACAAUUAUAACAUAUUUCUUCUUUUUACAAAAGCUAAAACCUUACUAAAAACCAAUUAAUUAUAACAUUGAUUGUUAUAUGUCAAUUACUUUUUUGAUUACUUUUCUGCUUUAGAUUUUUUCAAUAGAAUAAAACUAUAUAUACUUUGAGUUUAUAAAAUAUAUAGUUUUAUUUGGAACUAAUUUAUUAUUCAUAGUUUACCUUUUCAGACACAUAUUAAAAUUUUUACAAUUGAAAAUUAGACUAUUAUGCAAAAGAAUUUAGAAUUCAUAAAUUGGAUAAAUGCUCAAAAUAAAUAACAAUUCAGAGAAUAAGUAGUAAAAGUUUUAAGAAAAGAAAUAAAAAUUGAAAGAUAGUAUUAUAAAAGGUGUAUAAAAUAUUCUAUUAAAUUUAAAUAAGGAAUAAAGAUAGAACUACUACUAUUUUUUAAAAUAUACGUUUAGAAAGAAAGAAAAUAAGUCAGAAAAAAAUGAAAUUAUGGAAAGAAAUAGAGGAAUAAAAACUAUAACUGACUUUUAGAAAACUGAUUCUUAUUAUAAUUAAUAAAGCGGUAUUCAGUUUGAUUAAGCUUUUUUAAGUAGAAAAAUGAUAAAGAAUAAUGAUUCUUAAGAUAAUGAUUAUAAUAGUUCUAAAUAUCAGGAGUAAGAUUAUGUAAUAAACUAAAUUUCUAAUACUAAAAUAUCUAUGCUUAACUCUAGUAUUAUUUCUCCAUUUUAAAUACAUAAAUAGAAUUCAAAGAAAUCUACUUUAUUACUAAAUAAAAGAAAAUCUAUUUUUAAUGCAAAGUCACUUUAUAAUAUUCCUCAUAUAACAUAAUAAAAAAUGGAAAACAACUCUAAUUUAGAAUCGAAUGUCUAAUAUAUGUCUACAGAGAAAAAUGAUAAAAAUACGAAUAAUUUGAUGCUUAGUUCUAUUACAGCAAAUCCAACAAUUUUAACCAAUAAAAAUUCAAAAAAAUCAACUAUUAUAUAAAAUAAAAGAUAAUCAAUUUUUAAAGUAGAAUCCUUACAUAAUAUCCCUCAAAUAAAUUAAUAAAAGCUUGAAGAUAACUCGUCAUUUGAUAUAAGUAUUUAAAGUUAAAUUAUAGAAGAAUAAAAUUUUAAUUACAUUCUGACUAACAACUUCCGCUUUAUAAAAAAUAAUAACAAUUUAACUAAAUAAAAAGAAAAUGAUAAAAUUUGA